AAACAACAACGAAACAUUAUGGAUCUUGUACAGACAGUGCGUAAAGAAGGAAGUCGUGGCGGCCGCGCCGACUUCAAAUGGGAAGACGUCAAGAAUGAUGCGCACCGCGAAAACUACCUGGGCCACUCGCUCAUGGCCCCCGUUGGCCGCUGGCAACAAGGUCGCGAUCUGAGCUGGUAUGCAAAAGGCGAUGAUGAAUCCAAGGCAGCCGAGGCAGAGCGCAUCAAAGAAGAGAAGCGCAAGCUCAAGGAGACCGAGGAAGACGCCAUGUUGGCUGCCAUGGGCCUGCCUGUUCCAGUACGGGACAACGCGAAUCUAACGCCACUUGGAAAGAAGGUGCAUGAGGCAGAUGUCAAGGAUAAGCUCGAAGAGAAGAUCAAGGAAGAGGGCGAUGAAACCAAGACGAAGAAGCGAGAGAAGAAGGAGCGUUCGCGAAGACAUAGAGACGACGAUGGAGAGCGACGGAGACGACAUCGAUCAAGAAGUCAUUCACGAGAUCGAGAGCGCCGUCAUAGACACCGGGAACGAUCACGGUCUCGCGACAGGCGGAGAGACGGUGAUCGAGACGAUGGGCGUAGGCAUCGGUCACGAAGCCGCGAGCACAAGCGACGUGAAGACCGCCCCGACCGUUCAAAACGCCCUGAACGUAGACGGGAACGCGACGUUGACGAGAAGCGAUCACAAUCACGCUCGAGGGAUCACCGACGUAGGGUCACAAGGAGUAGAUCGCCAUAUGAGAGGAGUGAGAGAAGAAGGGACUGAGCCUGCAUGCUCCUAAUCUGAAAGCUCUGAUCGUAAUAUUUUAUCUCAUGAACUCUGGCAAGCUGGAGUCGCCAUGUUCGAAACUGGAGAAGGGCUCUUGCACGUUUGGUGGGUCAUGACAACUUUCUACAAAUAUUGAUAUACAUAGCGCCUAAUACGUAUGGGAAAUAUGUCUACCUCGU